AUCACACAAUUACACAACAUCUCGGCUACUACUUACUGCUACGACAACACUCUUGCAUACUGAGGCGACUUAGUCUAACACAUCACGAACCUUGAUCAACGAAGAAAGCAAUCGAGUCAACACAACAUCCUCUCACUAGAGCCCUUCACACAACUCAAAGAAGAGUCUACCAAACCUACAAAAAUGCCAGCAACACCAAAAUCAUUCCUCCCCGCCUUCUCCGCUUUCCUCGCAAUCGGCGUAACAUACACAACAAUCGUAGCGGCAAAAGAAGGCGCAACAAUCGACUCUGCACGAACACGAUGGCAGGCGCAACAUGCAGCGGCGAGAAACGCGUUAUCUGGGGGUGUUGAGGGGGGUGUGAGACACUGAGAUGAGAGAGAGAGAGAGCUGUGUAGGGAGAUGAGGGUAGGGGACGGGAUGGGAUGGGAUGGGAUGGGGUGAGUGGAGGGUCUAGGUAGUUUUCUUUG